CUCCUGGGCAGCAGAGCUUGUGCCCACAUGGCAGCAGCUGCCUGGGCGAGUGCCUUUCUCAAUGCUCUCAUGCACUCAGCCAAUACAUUUUCCCUGCCCCUGUGUCAUGGCAAUGUUCUGGGCCAGUUCUUCUGUGAAGUCCCACAGAUCCUCAAGCUCUCCUGCUCCCACUCCAACCUCAGGGAACUUGGGCUCGUUGUGGUUAGCCUUUGUUUAUCAUUUGGUUGUUUUGUGUUCAUUGUUUUCUCCUAUGUGCAGAUCUUCAGGGCUGUGCUGAGGAUCCCCUCUGAGCAGGGACGGCACAAAGCCUUUUCCACCUGCCUCCCUCACCUGGCUGUGGUGUCCUUGUUCAUCAGCACUGGCAUAUUUGCUCACUUAAAGCCCCCUUCCCUGUCCUCCCCAUCCCUGGAUCUGUCAGUAUCAGUUCUGUACUCCGUGGUGAUUCCAGCUCUGCACUCCCUCAUCUACAGCCUGAGGAACCAGGAGCUCAAGGCUGCAAUAUGG